CAGCCGUCGUAUCGCCGCCGUCUCGUCGCCGUCUGCCUUUAGUGAGAAAAAUGGGAGACAAGAGGAAGAAGACGUUCAUGUUCAUCCGUCUAGUCUCAGCAGCUGGAACUGGAUUCUUCUAUGUCAAGAGGAAGAGUAGCAAGGGUCUUCUUGAGAAGCUUGAGUUCCGCAAGUACGAUCCUCGUGUCAAUCGCCAUGUCCUCUUCACUGAGCAGAAGAUGAAGUGAUCGUUUUGUCUGCGUGUGUUUCAUUGCUUUCCAAGAACAAAUCUAUCAAUGAAAUAAGCUCUCAAGUUAAGUUGUGGUUUAGACUUUGUAAGCUUCAGUUUUUGAUGAUUCUUUUGACACUUUUAAAGGCAAAAACGAAAGUGGGUCUCUUUAAUUCUCAAAUCAUAGUUUUUUUCAGUAGUGAAACCAUAUCAUUGUCAAUCAA